ACCGGCCAGGCCAGGCCCCUCCCUCGCGCGUUGCCCGCCCUUCCGGGCCGGCGGGCGCCAUGGGGGCCGGCGGGCCGUGGGUGAGGGCGGCACACACGGCCCUCAGCGGCGGGCUGACGCUGGGGCUCUUCCUGCACCGCACAGAUCUGCAGAAGCAAGAGGAGCGCGGCGACCUGCUGCAGCCACUGAUCUUCGUCUUACUGGUUUUGUGCUCUGUUCUGCUGUACUUUAAGGUGUCUCUCAUGGAUCCGGGUUUUGUUAAGUCUGAGGAGGAAGUGGAGGCAGACAAGAGUGAAGAACAAAGCAUGGCAAUACCUCAAGUUCCAAGUAAUAUUAAGAUGCGGCGUUGUGGUUACUGCAUGGUGAAGCAGCCCAUGCGAGCCAAGCACUGCCAGCUGUGCCAACACUGUGUACGGCGUUAUGACCAUCACUGUCCCUGGAUGGAGAACUGCGUAGGAGAGAAGAAUCACCCCCUCUUCAUAGUCUACUUGAGCGUGCAGCUUGUAGUUCUGCUGUGGGGAGCUCAUGUUGCUUGGUCAGGCCUCUACUUUGAACAGUCCUGGGACUGGCUGCAGCACAACAUUCUCCUCCUCAUGUCCUUCCUCAUGAUAGUCAUAUUCACCAUUGUUGUUUUGUUACUGCUUAUUUCACACCUCUAUCUGAUCUCAUGCAACACUACCACCUGGGAAUUCAUGUCACAUCAUCGCAUCGCUUACCUGCGACACUCCGAGUUGGAGAAUCCCUUUGACCAAGGGAUAAUCCUCAACCUCUGGAGAUUCUUCUGUUCAUGCCACCUCACUACAUGGGAGAAAAUCUACUUUCACAGGAACAAUGAGCCUGUCUAGUCACAGUAGUACCUACCUGACAGAGUGCCAACACAGCUGCAGGUUGCUGGAUAAAUCUUUGCUAAUGCAAUUGCUGCCGUUUCCUUGCACCGAACUUUAGUGCAUCAUGAACUACGCAACCUGUUCCACAACGUGUUCGUCCUGCAAAUUACACUUCAAGGAUAGUCAGAGUUGCUUUUUUAUAUACAAGUAACACUGUUAAAGGCAAGACACUGGUUCUGGGACAGCCAGCAGAGCCGAUUUCUGGACUGAGCAAAGGUAUCUCUAAAUUUACUUCCUUUUGAUAACUGCAUCCACAUCUCUCCAGAAGAGAUGCAGGAGUAGCAUUCAGUUCUCUUUCCCCAAAGCUUCCCUCUCAUUUUGCUGCUAGGGAACAGCAGCUAUUACAGACAAAACCAGCCAGAAUCAAUAUAAUUCCUGUGGCCUUUUUCCAACAUAGUUCUCACUGUGAGAACCGCAGUGCCUUUUGUCAGUAGUGUUGGGCACGUAAUAGAAAUAUUUGAGUAAAUAUUUGGACAGUCAAAAGCAAAUUUCAUUUUGACCAUAUGCCCCAACUUAAUGCUUUUCAUGAAGAUUUGAGGCUUAAAAGUGUUAAUGUGCAUGAGAAACAGCUGUAAGGCACCGAAUUCAGCUUAUGAGAUAAUUAGUCUGGAUUUUAUGAUGCUGUGACCAGCUUCCUAACAGUUUUUUCUUUAAGCUGAUGGUGCUGUUAACAAUUCACAAACUAUUUUGAAUCAAGUCAGCAAAGAAUUACACCAUCGACUUUUCUUUGGACAGAAAAGUAAUACUGAAUUAAUUCUGCAGAUAACUUCAUGCUCAGGCUUUUCCUGUAGCUUGUGAGAACCAGUAGCAUAGGUGGGUACUUCUUGCCUAGCUCAAAAGUAACACUGUUAGUAAUACUACUACCUCAACACACUAGUAAAAUUUUAAUAAAAGAAUACAGAGUUUCAAUGCCAGAGGAAAGAUUCUAGGUCCUGUUUGUUUAAUUGAGAUGAGGAGGUGCUGAUAGCUUUCUAGGAUAGCAGCAAGCUUCCUUGUCAUGGGAAUUCUAGUCCUGACACUUUUCUGUUUAAAAAAAAAACAGCACCACAACAAAACCUUAGUUAAAAAUAUUUUGUGCUGUAAUUGCCUUGGCUCAGGAAAUCACACCAGCUCAAGAGCACGUCUGACAAGCUGGUAGGAUGCACUCAGGGUUUAAAGUUGAUGAGCACUCCUGAAGGGGCAGUGUAGCCACUAAUACAGCACGACAGUCUAAAAGCAGUUUAAAAACAGCGGAAGGAUCCCUCUUUUGACCAACUCCAGCGUUUGUAAUCAGUGUGGUCUGGUUUGUUCAGGGUAGAAACUCCUAUCAGAAGGGUAUCAGAACACUAAGAAUUGGUUUUGUAACAAUCUUAUGCCAUCCAGAAAGGAUUCUGCAGUUAGUGUGGUGCCUGCUGAAGCAUGGCUCAUCUGGCACAUAGCAAUUACUGUUUUUUCAGGUAUCAGUCAAAAAUUUGUCAGCAGGUACACAGUCUUGUUCUGUUUGGUAAUUCUUUUUAAAAUGCACCAGGAUGGUAAUUUACAGUUGUUUUCAUUCUAUUAUAAACUAUAAAUUAAAAGAUUAAAUAUGCCUUUUUUGGU